AUGAAGAAGCUUUCGACCCCAAUGCCCGCGUGUUUUGGGUUUUGGUUGUUACUCACACGUACACGUGCGACUGAGUCGAUUAUCGUCUUCUUGCCCACGACGCACUUGAAUUUUGACGGGUCGGCGGCUCUUCCUGACCGUAGAUUGAAGCCUUUCACGAACACGACGGUUGUGUUAUCCACCGUCGAUUGUGGCCUCGUAGGCGAGGGAAUCCCAUUUGUAGGUGGGCCCAGGCGUGAGCGUGAGGUGACCGUUGCGCUGGACAGCGAGGGACAGGAUCUCGCCACGUGUCGGGAGGGAACACCGCACGAUCUGGUGGUGGGUGUCGUGGUCAAAGUCGACGGAAGAUGGAGAGAGUUCGCGAGGCGGCUCGGAUGA